AUGCCUAAUCCCGAGCGGACACGAAUGGCGACGAGGGUGCACGAGUACUCACCUCGUAAUACUAUAAACAGUGACAUAACGGCACAACAUAACCUCAUCGAGGCUCUCAAAAACUUGGUGGACACUAUUGCCGUCUCAUAUGCUGAUCUGUUGGGAGAGCAGCUUACUGAUGAACAUCGUCAAAGGUGUUCACGAGUGUGUGAGGAGACCAUUGAAUACUUCAACACAAUAUUACUGGAUCCUGGAACAACAAUUCAAAUGAGACGAAGUGUUCAAGCACACAUCAACCAACUCAACUGGUUUGUCGAUCAGUUCUCCAGACUUGGUAACCAUGUUGUUGGUGGAGAUCUCAACCAAGGAGUCAAAUGGAAGGACUUAGAGAAUGCUUCCGCUGGUAACAUCCAGACUGGAUGUGUUAUCAACCAGCAUUACAAAGAUCCAGUAUCAUUUCUCCAGGCCUCACGGGACAUCGUCAUCAACAAGGUGCAGAGUGUCUUGAGAGAUCUGGCAGGGUUGAAAGUGAAUGUAGAAUUCUUCUGCACAUUCCGGAAACAUCAACAAGAUAUAGAAGAACGAAAAUCUUUCAUUACUAAAAGCCGUGAGAUUCUCCCCGCCACAGCUCUUCAGGAUUGGUAUACUGAGCAUGUGUAUGAGAAGUUGAAGCAGCGAAUUGAAGAUUUUGAACAUGAGGAUUGCGGAUGGAGUCUGCUUGGACCGAACAGCUUGAUGGUGACUAUGUCAAGAUUCGCACCAACUCAAGUGGGAAACUCCACCUUCGUCAGAUUGCCAAAGGAUAUUAUCAAGAAGAAUGCGGUUACGAACACCCAGAACAAUGAUGAGUUCUGCUUCCUGUGAAGCCUUGCGUACCGGCCUUCGUCAGUUUCAUUUUCAGGCGCUAGGCGGUGCGGGGUCACUUGUCUUAAUUUUCAGAGUGGGGAGCUUGGGGCCUACCUCGAGUCAGUUGAGGGAGUCAUGAGGCAGUUGAUCUUCGAGCGUACAAUCCGAAGGUUCUCCAAAGAAGCAAAGGGGCAAAUCAUUAUCCAGAUGGAGCGAGGUGUAUUAGCGAAGACGAGGUCGGCUCAGUUAGUGAUAGCUUAG